AUGUCGAGCGACUUAGUUCUAAAACUCCGUACCAGAACUCAGACCAUGCGGGUCCGAGUUGAUUCGCAGAAAUUGAUGGAGACGUCUCAGAUCAAAGACUACAUUGAGCAGUCUUGGAUGCAGUUGAAGGGUAAACCAUAUCGCAUCUUUUAUGUGGACGAGUACGGCGAGAUGUGUCUCCUGAACGACCUGUCUUUGGGCGAUGCCAUUGCGACCGUACGAGAGCUCAACCAGUCGGGCAAGACCACUCCUGUAUUGGACUUGUUCAUUCAAGCUGAAGGUGAAGAACUUCCGCUGUCCUCGAGCCAGCCCGAUGAUGACGAGAUUGUCCGAGACGUGGCAGUUGCUAGUACUCUAGCGCAGGUGUUGGACGAUAUGGACUACAUGGAAAGUCUUGAUGCUGCUGAGCAAUUCGUCGAUAGCUUGAUGGCUGCCAACUCCGACUUGGAUGUGAUCUUGGAUCGUCUUCAAAAUGAUGAUGUUGAGAAUUCGCGUGAGGAUGUGGUUCCCUCUACCACGCCUGCUAAGAAGAUUGGUGCUUCUGGGAAGAAGCCAGUCGCGAAGUCGAUACAGCAGACAGCAAAGGCUCCUGUUACUACUAAUAAGAUUGAAGCUAGUGGUUACCAGAAGGUUGGUGGCAAGGCUCCCAAGCAGUUCCACGUUGAACGACAAGUGUCUUCGCCAGAAGAGGCCUCUGAUAUGAUGGUGGAUCUUCUCACUAAGAUGGGCUUUGUGGACAGCAAGAAGGCUGCCGAGGAUCUUGUGGGGAGUCUCAUCAACUCUCCUGAUGAUUUACAGCGAGUUACUGAUCAUAUCGAUGAUUUGGUCGGAGGCAAGGAGCCUGCUACCACUCUUGGUCUCAACGACACUGUAAAGCAUUUCGUCGAUAUGCUGGACGAUUCAGGUAUGGUUCAGGACAGAGCUGCCGCUGAGAGUCUAGUCAAUGUAUUGAUGGACGCCGAUCAAGAUCUUGGAAAGGUUUUCAGCGACCUUGCUGAUCGCACUGCUAGUGACCAGAAGCAGAAAGCCAUUACUAAGAAUUCCAGGAGAUCUCAUAGGAGGCGACAUUCUUCUAAGCAACAGCAAUCAGCCAAGCUCAAUACUGCGUGA